CAAAGGGAACAAUAUCUCAUCAUUGUGGAGUAUGUUUGUGUAAUAACCCCCAUAAAAAUAACCCUCAUAAAAUAUCGUCUCAGAUAAAAAUACUUCUAUAUAUACCAUUUGAAACUUUGCCUUCAGAUCAUAUCAUCAGUUUACCUAUUUCCAAACAAAACUCAAAAGGGUUUCUCUUCCAACAAUAUAGUCAUUGUUAACAAAGACAUGGCUUCAUUAGGCAAAAAGCAGCACGUUUUAGCCAUACUUCUUCUCUCAAUUUACACUUGCCAUGUAAUGUCCCGUAGCCUCCAAGAAGCAUCCAUGUCCCAAAGACACGAGAAGUGGAUGCAAAAAUAUGGUAAGGUAUAUAAGGAUGCUGCAGAGAAGCAUAAACGUUUCCUCAUAUUCAAGGACAACGUUGAAUUCAUUGAAUCCUUCAAUGCUGUUGGGAACAAACCAUACAAGCUUAGCAUCAAUCACUUUGCUGACCAAACCAACGAAGAAUUUGUGGCCUUCCAUAAUGGGUUCAAGAGGCCACAUGGACUAAGAAUAGCAACACAAACACCUUUCAAGUAUGAAAACGUCACUGAUGUUCCUACUUCAGUGGAUUGGAGGAAAAAAGGAGCUGUUACUCCAAUCAAGGACCAAGGCCAAUGUGGUAGCUGUUGGGCAUUUUCAACUGUUGCUGCAACAGAAGGUAUUCACCAAAUAACUACAGGUAAACUGGUGUCCUUAUCGGAGCAAGAGUUAGUGGAUUGUGAUCAUGUGGAUUAUGGAUGUGAUGGAGGUUUCAUGGAAGAUGGCUUUGAAUUCAUUAUAAGAAAUGGUGGAAUCACCACUGAGGCAAACUACCCCUACACUGGAGUUAAUGAGACUUGUGCCACAAACAAAGAGGCUUCUCCUGCAGCUCAAAUAAAGGGGUAUGAGACAGUUCCUGCAAAUAGUGAAGAGGCACUGCUGAAAGCUGUUGCAAACCAACCGGUGUCAGUUACCAUUGAUGCUGCAGGAUCUGCUUUUCAAUUUUACUCAAAUGGGGUUUUCACAGGAGCAUGUGGGACUCAACUAGACCAUGGUGUUACUGCAGUUGGUUAUGGUAGCACUGAUAAUGGCACUGAGUAUUGGAUAGUGAAGAAUUCAUGGGGCACAGAAUGGGGUGAAGAAGGAUACAUAAGGAUGGAAAGAGGCAUAGAGGCCAAAGAAGGCCUAUGUGGAAUUGCCAUGGAUGCUUCUUACCCCACUGCUUAGAAAGCUAGCGUUGCUAUCUUAUUUGUGUUUCAAAUUUGCUUUAUUUUGAGUUGUGAGUGCAUGAUGUGUAAGAUUUUUAAUUAUUCAACCAUUUA